CGGGCGACCCCUUCACCUCGGGAGAGAAUAGCGUAAGGUGUCAGAUGCCUUGUCGGGUUGCGGCGUACCGCGACUAAGUUUAGCUGGGGAGAUUUGUUCAGAUUCGUGCCAAACAAACCGACUUAACGUUGCAUUACUGAGCUAACAGCCUGUCUCAGGUUUUAUUGUGAGGCAGUUCUGCUUGCUACGGAAGUGAGAGAAAGCUCGCAGGCACGGCUGCUAGAACCAGGUUUUGUGAAGUUUGGACUUAAACUUUUCGUCGUCAUGCCGCGUAUCUUGGGAGAUCUGUCGGGCGAGACCGUCAAGUUGGUCCACAUCUUCGACUUCAGCGAGGGCUGUUUCGAGCGGUUCCGGCCAGUGCUGGGCUCGCCCUACGCCGCAGACUUGGAGGCAUGCGCCGGUACCAUCACGGCGUCCGUCACCUGCUGCCUGUACGACCCUGACGUCCGGCUGCACCUGCUCGGCUCCGACAACAAGGGGUACAUCCUCAGCACCGACAAGCCAGACUCGGACGAGGAUAGCUUGACCGUACAGCUCACCGAUGUGUCCGGCCUACCCUCGUCCUACCGCCGGAAGGCGACCUACAACAUACGGCGGUGGGACCUGCUAGUCUGCGCGCUGUCCCGCGGCAUUCUACGGCCCAUCUACCCCAGCAACAACCUGCCCCUCUUACAGGUCACCCCGACUCUGGGGGGAGGGGAGGGGCACGGACUCGUCUUCACCAACUGCUUCACGGGAAAACCUGCCCACGUGACCACCGACCAAUGGGAAUCACGGCUGCGGGACUCGCCUGUUCUGAAAGGUAUGCUGACGUUGGCCCGGACGUGUCGGGAGCGAUGGCGGGUGGUGGCCGAGAACGCGGGCGGGGCUUUAGACGCCACCUACCGGAGUUCGAUAGAAGCGUACUGCGCCAGCCAGCCCAACGUCACCAACGUCAUCUACUACGUGGACGUCUUCUGUGAAGACCUGCAGAUCGGAAUGUUCGGGCCGAGAUGUCAGGGUUACGUGGGCAGAGUUAGCGAGGGGUCCACCCUGGCGGAACAGAUGUCCCGGCACUGCAGUAAACACGAGGAUCUCCUGGAGGCGCUGCUGCACAGCCUGCCGUUCUACCGCGAGGACGGGCGGCCCAACUUCGUAGUCGUGCCCGUGGACUUCGCGCUGCCCGCGGACGCGGAGGACGCCAGGGCCAGCCUCUGCCAGUUUGCUGCUACCUUUACUGAAGUCGGACUGAAUCUGCAGCCUUGAACUUGAUCGGAGAAUGCUGUUGAACUUGAACCAAGUGUGCCGUGUUGUUGUCUUUCUCUGAACAUUGCUAUCACGUUGUCCAGAAAUAAUUCAGCAUGCUACCAUAUGUUGCCUCAAGCUGUUCAUAGACGUUUUCCUUUUUCCUUUGCAACUUGGAAAGGGAAGCAAAGGGGCCAGCUUAGAAUAUAGUUGCGACGCUCCCUCCUAGUACUACUAAUACCCUGGAGGUCACCGUUAUAUAUCAUGUCCAUUCCGUCCAUCAUCAUCUGGUCGUGAAAAUCUUACGGAUGUUCAUGACCCUAUUCCGUCCAUCGAAGAACAAUUUUUGAUAUGUAUGUUAUUUUUUUGAAAGACAAUCGUGCUAUGAAAGUUUAACACAAACCUUAACAGUGUUUUCUUAAAUAUUACGUCUUAUUCACUACAUAUCAGAGAUAUUGAGAGGUUAUCUUGUAAUAUUUUGAUAGAUGUUUUCGAAAGUUGAAGUUUGUUUUAUGAAUUUGGUUUGUGUUCUAUAACUUCUACAUGUGUAUUAUCCCCCGACAUUUUUGUUUCUCAUUUGUUGUAUGGGAAGUAAGGAAUUUUGUUGCAGAGCUGGUGGGGCGAAUAGAGUAUCAUGAUUAAAUAUUAGAUAUACGUUUUGUCUAAUCAUAAAAAAAACUCGGGGAUAGUCUAUGUUUAUUUAAUUUGCCUUGUAAAUAAAAGGGUGUUUUCUGACAGGCAAGUUGCCA